CUUCCCACCGCGGCCGCCAAUAAAAGCAAGCCGCAGUAGCUGCUGCUGCGACGACGACCCUAUCGCUCUAGCUACGGCCGUUGUCCGGGCAGGUGGACACGCAUGCACUUGCUGCACCGCAGCUCUAGCUCAGCUAGCUUAAUAGCUAGUGGAUUGCUGCCAGCAUGGCGGCGUAUUCAGCUAGCGGCGGCGCCGACGGUGGCGGCCGCUCGUCACCACCUGCCGCGGCUCCUCGGGCGGUGGUGGACAACCUGAUCGACAUCCGUGAGCGAACGGAGAUGCUCCGGAACAUGCUGCAGGGGUCGCCCACGCCGCCCGGAACGCCCGCCGUCGCCGCCGACGCCACACCUGGGACCAGCGAGCUGAUAGACGGGAUCAUGAACAGCCUGUCGAGCGCGCUGUCGGCAGCUCUGGACACCACCGCCGGCGGCCAUGGACAGGGCCGGAGGAGGAGGAGAGCUGGCGCGGUGACCGGGUCUGGACCGCAGCGCCGGAGCACCACCAGGAGAAGAUCACACAGCCCCUUCUUGAGGACAGUCACUACAAGUUCUCUGGAUGAUGGCAACUCAUGGAGAAAGUACGGCCAAAAACAUAUCCAAGACUCGCCUAAUAACCCAAGGAGCUACUUCAGGUGCACCCACAAGCCAGACCAAGGGUGCAAGGCGACCAGGCAGGUCCAGGCCUCCGAUGACAACCCGUCCGAGUUCGUCAUCAGCUACUACGGCCAGCACACCUGCCGGGACCCCUCCACGAUCCCGCUCGUCAUCGAUGCCGCCGCCGCUCCGCCCGACGACUGCGCAAACCUCAUCAGCUUCGGUUCCGCUACCCUGGGCCUGGGCGCAUCCACGACCACGCUCGCCGCCGUUCCUCCCCAACCCCAAGCCUUGGAUCCGACCAUGUUCAUCUCUCGCAUGGUCGGGUACAGCUCCUCUCUGCCGGCGCAGGACUACCGCUACGGCAGCGAGGAGCUGCACAGCAGCAGCGCCUCACCGGCCGCAGAGGUGGCCGCCGUGGUGGGAUCAGCUGGAACGACCUCGUCGGCCAUCGUGGGGUCGGCACCGGCGGAGUACUACUGGGGAGGCCAUGGCGCAGGCAGCUUCCCGUCGUCUCCUAGCAGCCUCGGGUUCAUGACGGGCUCGUUUGGAUCCUUUGGGAACGCCGGGGAUGAUGACAUGUUUGGCUUCGAUCCCUGACAAUAAUGGCUCAUGCAUGCAUGCAUGCAUGACAGGUUUGCAAUUUGCAUGCAUGCACUAGUAGUUGCACAACUAGUAGCCGCAGUGAAUAGAUUGAUGUGGCCAGAUAUCCACAUGCAUAGAUAGAUGUGUUGGUUAAUACAAUAAAGACUAGCUCUAUGUUCAUCUGAUGAACAGCCUCGUUCUGUGUAUUUGUACAUAUGAUGCAUGAUUAUAUAUGUAUAUAUAUGAUCCGGAAAAUGUAAUGGAAUGUAUGUAGGCUACAUAUAUAAUCUGUUCUGUUAAGCAAUACUACUAGGUACUUCAACUUUUAUAAUA